GUGGAAGCGGAUUUUCCCCAGGAUUAAUGCCAUGAAAGUAGCUGCCAAAGGUGAAACGUUGGAGAGUUGAUUAUUCUUCCGAGUUGUGCUGUGUAGAAAGUGUAUAAAAUUUGGCGGUGGCUGCCGCGUCGAGAGCGACUGAAUAAGUGGAAAAUUUCACUAACAGUUUUGAAAUUCUGUCGGAUAAGCAAAUGAUCGUUCGACAGCGAUUUGCCGAAGGAGGAAUAAGCGGAAAAUGAAAGGUCCGUAGGUCGCGAGAAGCCGCCAACCGCCGGAGUGUUGUGUAGUGUGUGCACGCGGAAAACAGUUUCAUGCCCAGCUAGGCAGACAGAAGGAGUGUGCCCCACACAGCAGGGAACGAGAAACGAGGAGGCAGAAGAAAAAAGUUUACCGGUCGGUCCACCAAGCUGAGCAGAGGUGCCGCGGUCGUCGCGUAGAAUGGGUCUAGGUCUCCCCUGAGCUGUUCGAAGGUGGUUGAAUAGCAGAAGAAGCAGGAUGAGAAAACAGUGACGGCGGUGAUUGAUAUCUGAUGCACGAAUUCAAAUAUAGCGCUCUGGAAAACCAACGACCCCCCGCCGACGGCGACAUUGUGGGACCAGGGCAGGCCGGGGAAGACACGGAGAGCGUGCAAGAAAUCCCAAAUUAGAGUGAACGAAAAAUGAUGAGGGAGUGUGGAGACCCGUGGAAUGAUCGGUGUGUGCAAUCGAGUACAAGCGUUCAAGUCUCGUGAUUAGAGUCGAAAAUUAGAAUCAGUGCCAAGAGGAAGAAUAUUGAAUGUGUUCGUGUGCUCACGUUGUUUUGUUAUUGGUAUCAGUGAGUGCAUCCUAAGCCGGUCUUCUCAAGUGUCCCGAAAUUGGGUGGAGAAAAAGGAAAAAAAUAAAAACGAAACACAUAAAAAGGAGAUAGGUAUUUUGUGUGUACUGAGAUUGGAACCGAAGGGCCACAAAAAUUGCAUAAAUCUAAGCGCGUCCGAGAGUGGUGAUAUAAAUCAAAUCGUCUCGGUCUCGAAUGAAAAGGAUAACAAGCACAAGGGGAAAAAGGAAAAAAAAUAAGUGCUCGCGGUAGUCCUGUCCUGCACCAGGGAAGGAAUAAACGCAAAAAGAGGAUAUAAAAUUGAUAUUUAUUACUAGUGUCCAUAGCAGUGAACAACGGCGAAUAUUGAAGACGUAAGGGGAGAUAUCCGCAUCAAAGGAGAGAAUACUUGAGAGAAGAAGUGUAAAGUACACUCACAUCUAUAUAUUCAUACAGAGCGAAAGAAGUAAUUUUGUUGUCCAGCGUUUCAAGUGAAGUGACGAAGUGCGUAAAUAAAAAAUAUAUAUUUUAGUGUGCUUUCGUGAAGCUGGAAUUGACAAGUGACGUGGGAAGAAGGAAGAGCAAGUGUAGUAAACAGUCUCUCCCAGUAUGAUUGGAUACAUUCGCUCUGCUGAAAUUGUCGCAAGUCAAUCAUCAACUAGUAACGUGUGCCGUGCCAAGGCAUGUUGGGGCCCACCGCCAAUGGUCGUUUAAUGGGACCUGGCAUUGGUUCGUCCGCAUCGGCAGUGUUACACCAUCGGAACCUAUGGCCACCGGCAGCAAUAGCAGCGACUUCAACCAGCGCCAGCCGCUCUUUCGAGUUCCAAUCCAAUGGCGAAGUGACAGAAUCGUUAUUUGCAGCAGGCGGGUAUAAUACGCCCCCGGCUAGUUCACCCUUCCUGCCCUGCUCCCCGUUGGAGCUGGUCGCGAAAAACUUCCACAGUACCGGCGCUGCAGUCACAUUCAGUCAAGCCAAUAGCAGCAUAUUUGUACAAUCACAAACAGACUUCAUCAAUGGAACCACAGCGGUUGCCAAAAAGACGGAAACCUGCAUCGGUAGGUGGGAGCACGGUACUCUAGAGCCACUGCAGAUACAAGUACCUCCAGUACCAUCCGUAACUAAUUUGACCAUAAAAACCGAAAACAUUAGUUCCGGCAGUCAGAUAACUUACAGUAGCAAUAAUCUUAAUACUCAUAACAAUACUAGCAAUAAAUCAGACGGAUUAGAUCAGCGUCAUCAUUAUUAUCAACACCACCAAGCUCAACAACAAGUACAACAACAUCAUCUCCACCACCACCAAAGACAACAAUCUCUUAUAACCAGUACUUCCGCUCGUACCACGCUUCUGCGACUAUCGGAACACAGUCACCAUCAUCAUCAGCAUCAGCAUCAUCAACAGCUGACGGACAACGCCACAACGCUUGACCUGGUGGUAACGCCAACGACCACUACGAAGACGGUCACCACCGCAACGGUAGCUCCGUCCUGUCUGUCAUCACCAUCGUUCGCUUUGUGCGCCUACAACAAGAACACCGGCCGCGGAAACUACUCCCAUCAACACGCCUCUCAUCGUCCACCCAACUGCAGUGUGAUUGUGUCGGCACGCAGUAAUCGACAGCAACAGCAAUACUUACCGUUGCCACCCAACAGCUGGAGUUCCGCCAGCUCAUCAAGUGUUGAACCAUCAUCAACGAUCGCAAGAAUCGGUACUAACCAAAGCGCCAGGAGCGCCGUUGACACGACAUGCUCAGUUAUUCACAUUAAACGUGAGCCUUGCCAAGUGUCUGAGGUAACCACAUCGAACAACUUCGAAACCAGCACAACGGCGCUGGCCGCCGUUGUGAAGAUCGAAGCGCAAUCUCCGAAGGCAGUGCCCUGUUCGUCUAGUUCCGGUACCGCCGGUAUAACAAUGGACCAUAUCGGGAUCACUAGUUCGCAAAACAAUGCAGCCGCUACGAUACCGGUCGGUAUUGCGGUCGCCCGACAGAGGCUGCAAGAGUCCACAACCGCGCCAGCAUCGCAACUCCACCAAGCCAAAGAACUAAACCGGUUCGGAAUUGGUAUCGCCGCAGCGGCUGCCACAGCUACCGGAUCUACCGCUGAUUUAGGCUGCACCACGCCGAGUCUGAAUCAGAACAUGUUUUUCACAGGCACCAACAAUACCAUGAUACCCCUCUCCUCGGAGGCAGUCACGAUGGGCGUGACCAGUGCGGCCGUUCAGAAUGCCGUUAGAACACCGCCCGCCCUCUGGCAGUAUCCUGGCUGCCAGCAAUCACAGUCCCAACUACAGCAGCAGCAACUACAGAUCCCUCCACCAAUACCACAGUUAGCGAUGGUGGGCUCCGCGAUGGGUUCGGAGAAAAAAGUGGUAGGCUACCUGGUGCUAGAUCGAAUCGUUCCCUCGCCACCCGAAGAGGACGUCUGCUCGAAGAAAGCUCCUCUUCCUCUUCCGGUCGAAUCGAUGCUACCACUACCACCGAUUCCCCCCGUAGGAUUCCAGCUGGUACGAGAUCCCAGCACCGGCCAGAUUCUGUUUCUCCCGACAACAACGACAAUAGCGAAUCCAACGAAUUUUCUAGAUAAAAUCUAUAUUUCUUGUGUAGAACCAUUCCAACAGGCGGUGGUGUGGCCAUCGUAUCCCCAGUCAGCGGCAACUUUACAGCCACCGCAUCUGCUGUUGCCACAAAUUCCACAGCAGCAACUGCAGCCGCCACCACUGGCACCGUUGCAGAUGCUCAGUUCUGAUUAUCUGACAACCGCCAGCAGUACAACGCUGCACCAGCAGCAGCACACCCAAACUCACCACAGUACAAGAUAUGUCGCUCUGACGGCCGAUAACAACAAACGCCCGACUGUCACCAGCAACAGUGGCAAACAUUAUGCCAACAGUGCCCCGCUUUCUUGUCAGCCGGCCAUCCCAAUGCCAAUCCCUUCGCAUACCUUCAUUAAAAUCGAGGACUGCAAUGGUUCCAGCGCUUCCGGCUGUAACAAUUCCACCCAAAUUUUCCACGAGCCAGAAAAAACCAUCCAAACGGCUACUAUCGCAACGUCUCCGGAUAUCGCGCCGCAGCUGCUGUUCCAACAAGGUAAUCUUAUCCAAAUCGCGCCCUCUGCCAAGGCAACAACGACUGUCCUGGAACCACCUGCAAUAAUGCCAACGAUAGCAACCGCUACGGCGAAUCCAAUCACUCCUCCUCCGUCUACCAUAUCCGCAUCCAUAGCACCUAUUCCUCACCAGCAAGAGUUCUCGGCUACCACGUGUCUGACUCCACCCCCAGAUCAAUCAGUCAUACAAAACGAGGAAGCUGAGGCGCCACUGAACUGCUCUAUGCCCGAGGUUCAAGAUGCAAACAUUCAAACUGACACCCCAGUAAUGAGUGAGGAUGACAACACCGUCGAAACCGACGACGUAUCCCAUCACCAGGAAGUGACUGCCAUCGCCUUGUCGAAUAACAUUACGGAAGAAUCUAGGUUCCCUGAAUCGUUUGGAACGCAGACCAUCGCCAGAUCAUCGGCAGCCCUAUCUUCGUCCACAUCGGACAUGUUGAGUCAUAGCAUCAACACGAGUGGAGAUUCUGCGAUCGAACCGGACAUCUCCACCCAUUCAUCGUCAGUGAACAGUCUAAACUUAAGCUAUGCCAGCAGUAGUACAAACUGCGACCGAGUUGACAUGGAAGUCGAAGACAACAUGUUCCGGAAUUUGCACAGUACGGUAUCAGCUACAUCCUUGGAGCCACCGCCAGCACUCACAGUGAAUGCCAACUGCGGCCUCCGUGUACCGAAAAAGGAAAUGCUUUCCCCCGUGGAAGAACCACCUGUCGCACAUCAAAACACAAGUAUCGAAGAGACCCGUCCCGAGCUAGACACUUCCUCUCAGCAGGAACAGCCCGUUGAUCUGAGUGGACUCGAACUACUCUCCCGCAGUAUAGAAGUUUUUCAAAAGAAAGCCUCGAUGAUCAAGAAGGAACCAAUAUCUCCGCAGCUUCCUUCCGAGCCUCUUCCACUGUUACCGGUCCCUCCACUAGUUCCAUGCGAGCCCAUCCGACGAUUGAGUGUGCAAGAGGACGAGCCGCCCACAGUCAAUCCAGUCAACCUUCCGUCCGCCCCCGAAACUCCACCCCCUCCUGCGCCACCUGUGGCUGAUGUCUACAUCCGCAACGACGAAGAGAUGGUAGGACUGAACCUUCUCUGCGCCCUAGCUGAGCAGCGGUUCCAGGAGGAAGGUAUGUUCAAGAAAGACUCACCCGUAGCGAUGUCUCCGGCAAAUGACAAAGUCGAUGCGACCGAAUGCUCUCCGGAGCAACAGCAACCCUCUGUGGCCAGCCCAGAAAUUCAUUCGCGCAAACGAAAGCACAAGCAUUCCAAAGAAUCGAGAAAGUCUAGCAAGAAAUCCAAACAUGACAGAGAACUAAGGCGAGAACGCAAGCGGAAGCACAGUUCCGACGCUAAUGAGGAAGAGGAUCUAGGUGGCGAGCUGAAGGACAGUUUUUCGCGGGUGCGAGCGAAGCUGGAAAAGUGCGGAUGUAAAGAUGCGGAUGACAAGGAACAUCGUUGUCGUCGGACAAACUGGCUAACGGCGAAUGAACUGUUCAGCGUAAUGGAGUCCGACAUGAAGGAGAGGCUAGUGACCAUCACGAAGCAGUGCGAGGAGAAAAAACGCGAGCUCGAGCAAAUGAGCACAACGUCUGUGGCAAAGGUAAAGCCACUCACCGCGAUGGUACGGAUACCUGAUAUCGGGAAAUCUUUCUUCGGCGGUUUCAGUGGAACGAGUGGAUUGUUGAAUGGAAACUCCAGUGGCACCUGCCUAGGCGGUGGGCAGAUUCCGACUCUGACGGCGUCGAAGCUCAGCACGAUUCCCGCACUGUCGCCUAACUUUUCGUCGUCAUCGAAUUCAACGACCUUCGUUGAGUUACCCAAACUUAGCUCGGAUACCGAUUCUAGCAAGCUGGAAGAUGCCGAUUUGAAUACCAUGGAGAGGUUCCCUUCAUCCAAACGAAAAGGAGGAAAUCCUAAGAAACAUGAUGAUGUCGCCCUUACGGAGACUAUUGUUGCCAAGAAGCCCAAAAGUUUGGUGGGUUAUAUUUUAGCAUCUAAGAAUCGACUGAAUGAGAGUAAUGUGAAGGAAUCAGGCCACCACAAGUCGUCUCACCAUUCACAUCAUCAUCAUCACCACCAUCAAGGAGGCAGUAGUAGCACCAGCAGUAAGCAUCAGUCAGGCGAAACGAAACAGAAGAAAUCACCGAUACAUUCCUCUAAGUUCGAGAGUACGACAAGUGAUGACACGAGUAAUCUUUCGGACGGUUCAUCGAAGCCACAGCCACAGAAAAUUAACUCAUCCGGUUUUAGCUUCGAGGACGAGAACAGCAAACCGUCGGAUACUGCAUUCUCAAUUUUUGGCGGUAAACCAUCGAUUUUUGACAAGGUCAAGACUUCGCCCAUCAGUUUGACAACUACGCUGAAGAUGUCGCCAGUUCAGGCGGCCAUUGUUGCACCGAUGAAACACUCAAAGCAUAAGAAAUCCCGCAGCAAAGAACGCAAACGACGCAAUUCUGAGAAGAAGCGCAUCGAUCAGAAGUGUUUGCUGUCCAGUGAGCAUCUUGGCAAAGAGAAAACUCGAGUCCUGACAGCGAUGGGAGGUUUGUUCUACGCUGGAUGCUUGAGUGCUGUCCAGCCGCCGGAUAUCUAUGCCGUAACGCUGGACGGCGAGAGAGGAAAUCGGCCACAUAUUAUGUCCCGCGAGGAAGUUCUUCGUGACGCUAUUCUUGAGGUUGCUCCCAAAUCAGUGGAUGAGAUUAUCCCAGGAACACGUCUCUGUGCCUAUUGGAGCCAACAGUAUCGAUGCCUUUACCCGGGUGUUGCAGCGGAACCUACUUCACCAGAUCCGGAAAAGCGAUACGUAAAUGUGGAGUUCGAUGAUGGAGAUAACGGCAAGAUCGCUCUGGAGGAUAUCCGGUUUCUGCUAAGCGAUUAUCCUAUUGUUGAAUACGAUCCAAACCCUCUUCUAUCGCUAGGCAAAAGAAAGCGUCAGCCGAGUGUAUCCGAGGUGGCUACCACUGGAACAACCACCACCGGAGCUACAUCAACACCGACAACGACCACCACAACGUGCACCACAAUAACUACGAAUUGUUUCGCGAUUGUCAGUGAACGACCGGAUAAGCGUGUACACGAUGAAGCAUAUCGGGAGGAACGUCGCCGACUGAAGAAGAUCCGCAAAGAUAAACUCCGCCGGCUAGCGGCAACCAACGCGGAACUGUCGUCCCACAAGCACAAGAAGAAAUCCAAGUGUUACGACGAGUAUUGCAAACACCGGAAGCACAAAAAGCGGAGAAAGCACAAGAAACACCACCGGGAGCAUGAAUUUCCAUCUUCGCCGGAUGCGGUUGCAGCGGGUUCAAUGGACGAUGAAAUAUCGCAGGGAGACAGCGCCUCACAGACAGCGGAACCAUUAAGCCCGGCUGAGGUUUCUGAGGUUCCGGAGGAAAAGGUGCUGGACGAGCAGGAAGACUUCAAUCCUACUCUGAAGGAAGACACUAUGACCGAGGAGGAGGCGAGUUCUUCGAUCACGGAAAGUUCCGGCUCGUACUAUCAACCAAAAAAAUCCAACGAGAAGCUAGAGAAGCGGCAAUCAACGGAGAAUAAUAGCAAAAUUGCAGCCUUUUUGCCGGCACGGCAGCUCUGGGCUUGGUGCGGCAAGGGAUACCGUCGAUCUGCCGGAAGGGUUAAGAAGCAGUUCUACAAAUCGAUUCAGCGCGGAAAGGAAACUAUUUCGGUCGGCGACAGUGCCGUCUUCCUUUCUACUGGUCGGCCGGAUCGGCCGUACAUUGGCCACAUCGAGUCCAUGUGGGAAACAUCCACCAACAAUAUGGUGGUCCGUGUGAAGUGGUUCUACCAUCCGGAAGAAACCGAAGGGUGUCCGAAUCUAAAGUAUCCCGGUGCCCUCUUCCAGUCGCCCCACGAGGACGAGAACGAUGUGCAGACGAUCUCGCACAAGUGUGAAGUCCUCUCGCUGAGGGACUACACCGGUAAGUUUGGAUCGGACCCAAAGCAGUACAGUGCAAUCUACGACAACAACGAUACAUACUAUCUGGCCGGUUACUACGAUCCGACGGUGAUAACGAUCAAGAUGCAACCGGAAAUCGAGGUGCUGUCGGGCGAUGAGAAAUGGGUCAAAUAAAGUGAACCCAGUACCGAUCUUGUGAUUCCAUUGUGAUGCAAUUGAGAGUGUGCAAUUUUUCGACGAAUUUUUUUUUUGUUUUUUUUAUAUUUGGCAAUUUUUGAUGCGAUCUAUCGAAAGUUUAUGAGUGGGCAGCAAUGGCAGUCCCACGAACAUCCCACAAGUCUACAUUUUGUACAUAGACCAGAAGGGCAGCACGGGAGUUUAUUGUUAGAAAUUCAAAGACUUUCGAUUUACAUAGGAUAGUUCUCUAGUUGGAUGCUCUUCAAAAGAACUCCGCUGCGAGAAAUGCGCAUGAAAAACAUACGAAAUAAUAACGCUUUAUAAAAGCGAAAUAAAAUGUAAUAAUAUGUAAAUAAUGUGUAUUCUAAAUUUAAGUAACUUCCAAUUUCAGAGACAGGCAGCAAAUACACUAGAGUACUGUGGCAAACAAUCCCUGAAUCACAAUCUAGAUGUCAACAUUUAUCUAAUAAUCUAAUGUAUUGAUAUGAAAACAAUGAGAGUGGUAAUAUAUUUUUCUACUUGAAGAGAUUUUAAUUCCUAGCAUCGAUCAUGGAAACAAACAACCAUGUAGGAUUACUAAUCAGGCAAUUUUGGAAGAGCUUUCGGAACGAAAUUCAAAAUACCUCUGCUAUACAUUACAUCAGUGAUGAGCAAAAAGUAAACAAAAAUACGCAACAACAAAAAAACAGAAGGAAAGUAAAAAUAUUUUCAAGCGAUAUUCAGCGCAAAAAGAAAUAAUUUGAGGCUGAAGCCAAUCGAUCCGGGAAUCUAUUCGUGUGUUGUUCCGUUUUAUUGGUGUACAGCAGGGGUUACAAUUAUGUUUGACGGCGUUAGAAUCGAUGGAAAAUUCAACUUAAUAUUUUCUACUUAAUCGAACCAUUUUCAACUUGAUCUCUUUAAAGAUUAUUGGUACAAUGAAAUCUGUUUCAAUCAUAGUAUUAACACGUAAUUGUUGAACCUAGCGUAUAGAUGCAGCACUACAAAGUAACAAUAAAAUGGAAUAAUUUAUUCACAUUCAAUGAACACAAAUAAAAAUCUCACAGAGGCCCAAAAAGCAACCGAUUAUUGUACCACACACACACACACACAUUCACUAACAUAACCAGUAGCAAAUUAUAGAAUUUAAAGUUUAAGUACACAUUGAUUGGAAUUCGAAUUGUUAUUCUACAAACUUUUCCCGACUGCUAGCAGCGAGCAAGGACAAACUCUGAGACAAACGGAACCCAGUGGCAAAGUUUUAGCGCAAUCACAAACGAUUGCUUAUGGUUGUAAAUAUAAAUUUUAGUUUGAUGUAGUUAUAUCAAGAAAAAAAACAGUAAACGAGCUUUUUGCUAUGCUACAAGUUUAGCCCAUAUAUUGCGUACUCCCUUCUGACUAAUUCGUUCUGUAAAUGUUGAGUUGAUCACGUUUUCUAGCGCUAAGUUUAGGUGUUUACUGAAUUUUAUGCUCUGCUGAUGUUGUACUCAAGAAACAAAAUCAAAAUACAUGAGAAGAUAGAGGAGAAUUGAAAUGAGCUAUCAAUGGCGAGAGAGGCAUUACGAAAUAAGUAAGGUGAUUGGAGUAUAAGUCCGACCGUUUUAUUGGCUAAGCGCAAGCUUAAUUUCCAUGUGUAAUCUGUUUUUAUUUUUAUUGAAUUAUUGUAUAAAACAAACAAAUAAAUCCGGAACAAAUGA